CGCGCCAACGGAUCCGGGGAACAAAGGGCGCCGCGGAUGACCAGCUUCGGCUAACUGUGGACUGCUUGCUCGUGCUUACCUGCGGAUGUUUGAUUAUCGCCUUCACCAUUUCUGCUGGUAAUGCUUCGUCCAUGAUCCUGACACAACAUCGCAGACCUCACAACUCACCAAACGACACAGCCACUAUCAAGCACAGCCCAUCCCAAGCCACGCAGCACCAUGGAGGUUGACCCGUUUCCAAACACGCACACACAAGAGGGCCGGCGGGACAUGCGGACGCAGCUGCUUGCCAGCAACGACGUCUUUGUCACGCAGAUCCCAAAGGUCGAACUCCACGUGCACAUCGAAGGCACCCUCACUCCAGCCCUGCGCUGGAAGCUCGCCAAGCGCAACGGGAUCCCAGUCCGCCUGGCCAGCCCAGACAGGCAUCCCGCGGAGCUGCAGUCUGAACAAGAAGUCGAGAAGGCCUACGGCGACGUCAUAUCGAGUGCCCAACUGUCCCAAUAUGCGGCCAGAGCACGCGAAGACCCGUCGCUGGUGGUUCCCGCGACGUUUUUCGAGGCGUACUACUCUGGCUGUGAUGUGCUCCGGACGCGGCAGGACUUUUUUGAUCUCGCGUACGACCACUUCCAGCGGGCAGCGGGUAUGAACGUCCGGUACUGCGAAGUGUUUUUCGAUCCGCAAAGCCAUACUUCUCGGGGAGUGCCGUGGGAUGAUUUCAUGGGUGGCUUGAGAGAAGCCCAGCAGGAAGCUGCAACAGAGCUCAAUGUGCAAUCCCAGUGGAUCAUGUGCUUCCUCCGCGACUCGCCGAUCGGGUCUGCCAAGGAGCACUACCGCCAGGCUCUGGCCUACCGGGACAUGAUCAUCGGGUUCGGCCUCGACUCGAACGAGACAAACCACCCCCCACAUCUCUUUGACGAGGUCUUUGCCCAGGCCCGAGCGGACGGCUUCCACAUCACCGCCCACUGCGAUGUCGGGCAGAGGGACACGCACGCCAACAUCCGGCACGUGGCAGGGGCCCUGGGCGGCACCGGCGCCGACCGCGUCGACCACGGCCUCAACGCCGCGGACCAGCAGGAGCUGACGAGCCUCGUCGCCGCGAGAGGCAUCGGGCUGACAAUCUGCCCCUGGGCGUACCUGCGGCGGUGGACCUACAGGGAGACGGCAGAGAGGCUGCGGGUGCUGCUCGACCAGGGCGUCAGGUUCAGCAUAUCGAGCGACAGCCCGGCCUACAUGGACGACAGCUGGGUUCUGCACAACCUGCUGCUGGCGAAGCAGAUGGGCGGGCUGUCGGACCGGGGGGUCCUGGAACUGAUGAAAGUGUCUGUCGGGAUGUCGUGGGCGAGCAAUGAAGUGAAGGGCAGGCUUCUCCAUGAGCUAGAUGCCUUUGCACUGACGCAGACGUUGGGAUAGCAUGGAACGACGCCUAGUUCUUGGCAUGCACAAGUGCUUGAAAAAGCCACGAAAUGGAUCUUAAAGUUUCAACGUGCGCCAAAGCGGCGCCCCAUUCCAGGUUUUGUUCGAUACUUAUGGAUUUCUCAUGCCGAGAUAGGUCUGUUGCCCGGGGUUGAAGAGAUGCAACGGUUUUGUUUGUGAAGACAGUAAAAGUUUUGGAUCCACUGCUGAGAUUGUGAAACGAUGCCUCUUCUUGUACCCUUCCGUGCUAUCUUCCGACGACCCAUGAAAUUGUUGGCGUAGUCCAGCUCAAGAUGGGCGGACGAAAAAUCCAUCUCGAGGCCGCUGCGUAGUCAUCCUGG